AUGCGUCUAAUUCACACGCAUUCCCUUGAGCUCUGGGAAUUCGCCGAUAAUGAAGUACCAGAAAAAUAUGCCAUCCUUUCUCACCGCUGGGAGAAGAAAGAGGAAGAGAUAUCUUUCCAAGAGAUGCUGCACGCAAAUGAUGUGACCAGGCAUAAAAUAGGAUAUCGAAAGAUCGAAAGUUUCUGUGAAAAUGCUCGCGAUGAUGGAUUCGAUUUCGCGUGGGUCGACACAUGUUGCAUCAACAAGGACAGCAGCGCUGAGCUGUCCGAAGCCAUCAACUCCAUGUUUCGAUGGUAUCAGCAGGCCAAAAAAUGCUACGCGUAUUUGGCUGACGUCCAUACCAUUGAGCAACUAUCUAGUAGUAAAUGGUUUGAGCGGGGCUGGACAUUGCAGGAAUUUCUGGCACCCAGCAAGAUCCACUUUUUCUCUGAUGACUGGACUAUGCUUGGAAAAAAGAAAACGCUUAUUGAUACCCUUGUUAAAAUUACAAGGAUUCCUCACAAAGUCCUCAGUCAACCUAUAUAUUUAAACGAAGUCUGUAUCGCCAAAAAAAUGUCCCGGGUCUCCCAGCGCAAGACAACACGACCAGAAGAUAUGGCAUACUGCCUGAUGGGUAUAUUCAAUAUCAACAUGCCUUUGCUAUACGGAGAAGGUGGGGUGAAAUCCUUCCUCCGAUUGCAAGAAGAGAUCAUUAAAACCUCAAGCGAUACUACAAUUUUCGCCUGGGUUGACUCAAAUCCGAGUCGUCAUGCGGACCUCUAUGAGCCACAUGGACUACUGGCCACAUCGGUACAACACUUUGCCGAAUCCCACGACAUUUUUCAAACUUCUGAAUUCGAGGAACCGUAUUCAAUGACAAAUAGAGGUCUUCGAAUUGAACUUCCCAUCUUCAACGUCAGUGUUGACAUGAGGCGUUAUGCCGUGGCGAAGCUAUUUUGUUCACGCAAGCAUGAAUUCGAAAAGGUGGAUAUAGGUGUAUAUCUGGCGAGAUUGGAUGACAAACGUUUCUGUCGGAUUAUCGUUGAUCGUUUCUCAAACUUGUACGGUAAAGAGAAUUCGAAGUCUCCCCAAUCACCUCUCACAUUAUUCAUCCCGCAAAGACUUUCUUUGGAUGAACAGGCCAAAGCUAGACUUCAGGCUACAACACCAAAAUACUAUGACCCUCUGCAAAAUUGA